GUAUUCUGGGUGGGUCCAGUGGUUGGUGGACUACUCGCUGGACUUCUCUAUGAGUACAUCUUUGCCGCCGGCGCCACUUUUGGCGGUUUCAAGAAAUGUCUCCUGAGGACCAAAAGACCAAGGAAGCAACCGGAAGCGGAACCAGAGAAGACGCCACUCGAGGAACUGAAAAACGACGUCACUGAGAUUGAAGACACGAAAGUCGACGUGGAGAAGCCUCAAGAGGUCGCUGAAGCGGAACCGGAAAAGGGGACAGCGGAAGUGGUGGAAGUGAAUGAGCAGGAAAAGAAAUAG